CCAUGACAACACAAUCAGUGGUGCGGCAGCUUUGGCUGCAUCGUCAAUGUCACCCACCACCGGGAAAGAUGUUUCUCCAAGGAAUUUUGCCACUUUCCCCAAUGGCUCCAUUAAGCUGCGGCGGAAGGGCUCUAGUGUUUUCCAUCGUUGGAGUGUGUGUGAAGAGGCUGCUGAUGCCAGCAGUGUGUUCGGCAGCAGAGUGCAAACCCUGCAAGAUCCUCGGACAAAUCAUCAAAUGUCUGCUUCUUCGCUGAUGCAGCAAAUGAGGGGAACGUCUUCCAUCGACGGUUCAAGAUUAUAAAUGCUUGGAAAUUACUUUUUUUGGUUGAUGCGAGAUGGGCCGAAAUCUCAGGAGUUUUUGACCAUUUUUGUUUAAAUAAAUAUAAUUAUUUUUAUGAUGGUCAACAGGAGAAGUGGCUCAUAUACUUUGAGUCCACCACCAGACGUCGUCAUGAGAUAAGCCCCCCCACCCGACCCCGGUCCACCCUGGGUGUCCCUUCUCAGGAUGACCGCCGUAUGCCCCUCAGAGAGCAGCCCGGAGGAGGCCGUGGCAACGGGAGUCACAGUGGACAGUUCCGUUUCUGGGGUCAACACUGGGGAGUCGAACGAAGACUCUGCAGCAGGAUCCGUGGAGCACACAGCUGGGGUCGCUUACGGUCAGAGGUACACGCACUGCAGCACCCAGGACAGCUGCGACAUCAACACGGAUGAUGAAGGGGCAACCAUACGCCGCCUCACUCCGCUGGAGAGGCUCAACUUGGACAUGUGCCAGGAUGAAAGGGUGGUCCGUGAAAUUACAGUGGGCAGAAGGAUCAGCUUUUACAAAAUUCGAGGAGAGAUCGGCUGUGGAAAUUUCUCUCAUGUCAAACUUGGAAUACAUGCACUCACCAAAGACAAAGUGGCCAUAAAGAUCCUGGACAAAACCAAACUAGAUCAAAAGACCCAGCGGCUGCUUUCCAGAGAAAUUUCCAGCAUGGAGAAGCUCCAUCACCCCAACAUCAUACGCCUCUAUGAGGUGGUGGAGACGUUGUCACGGUUACAUCUAGUUUUGGAGUACGCGGGUGGAGGGGAACUCUACAGCAAAAUAACCACCGAAGGGAAACUUUCUGACCCGGACAGCAAAGUUGUCUUUUCUCAGAUCCUCUCUGCCGUAAAACACAUGCAUGAAAACCACAUUAUCCACCGCGACCUGAAGGCAGAAAACGUCUUCUACACCAGCAGCUCUUGCGUCAAGGUCGGCGACUUCGGCUUCAGCACGUUAAGCCAACAGGACGAGAUGCUCAACACGUUCUGCGGCUCCCCGCCGUACGCCGCGCCUGAGCUCUUCCGCGACGAGAACUACGUGGGCGUCUUUGUGGACAUCUGGGCGCUAGGAGUGAUGCUGUUCUUCAUGGUGACCGGCACCAUGCCGUUCAGGGCAGACACCGUGGCCAAACUGAAGCGAUGCAUUCUGGACGGGGCCUACACUCUGCCCUCCUGGCUGCCCGACGCCUGCCAGAAGCUGAUCCGGGGAAUACUCGAGCCUGUACCGUCCAACCGCUUCUCUGUAGAGCAGAUGAUGGGCGGUGACUGGCUGCGUCUAGUGGACUUCCCACGGCCUAUGCAGCCCUUUAAGCUGGACCCGUCCCACCUAGCGGAGAACGAUCCAUCUGAGCUGGGGGCGGAGGAGAGGGAAGUAACAACAGCACUGGAGAGGCUUGGAAUCACCUCUGAACAUAUCCUUAACAACCAAGGAAAGGACUGCAGGAGUUCCAUCACGGGAGUGUACAGAAUCCUUCUGCACGGCGCUCACAAGAGACGCUCUGUGGAGAGCAUGCCGAUAGUCACACAAGCAGCUGGACCAAAAACAGCUAAAAAGGAACGGCUAAAAGUGUACCGUAGUCUAAGGCACACAUCCAAACUCUGUGUGAUUUUGUGACUUAAUGUUCUAUCAUAUUUUUUAUAUUCUGCGUUUCUAAGGCAAGAUUAUUAUUUUUUUAAUAAAUGCUUUUCUGUGCAGCAGUAGGCCUAUUCGUUUAGAAUCCUGGUACUCUCGCCCAUCGACAUGAUGGAAACUGCAAUUAUUUUCAUAUGUUUCAUUUAGUGAGUAAAAUUAGUCUCUGUGAGAAUGCUGCCAGCUAAAUAGUCUCAUCUUUUGAAAGAGACUAAAAUAUGAAAACACUUUCCUGUAUGUAGCUAACACAGACUUGUUAGCUUGGAAAAUCCAGCAAUAGUAAAACCAAUUUAGCAUUGGCAAGGCUAGGAAUAUACAUACUUUAUAAUGUGUUGUCUUCAUGGAUACACUUUACAAUAAUCAUCAUUAUCAUCAUAUGUUGUCUGAUGUAUCUCUAUGAGAUGGUCCUCAGGUUGAACUGUCCGGAAAGGCCAAUAAAUGUCAGAAG